AUGGCCAGCCCCAAGUCGCCACGAAGCUCGCAAGCCGGUCCCUCGUCAGCCAAUCCGUCGUCGCCCAGAAGCGCGCAAGCCGGUCCUUCGUCAGCCAGACAGCCAUCAGAGCCGAGAUCCCCUGAGCCUGCCGCACCGACGGCACAGGUCGAACCGGCCCCGGCCGCUGAAAUCCCCUUUGAAGAGAACGAUGAAGACGAUUCUGGCGUAGAUGACUGGGAUGAUGC